AUGGAAUGCCACAACGGGAUGCUGACAACGGAGAUUCGGGCAGCCCUGGGGACCCUUUUCAUCACCGCGCUCGCAUUUCCAUUAAUUUAUCAGCCAUUGCUUUCGUGGGUCUGGGAUGAGCUUCGAGAUACCCGAUUUUACCGAUGGUCUACCUUCGAGACGCUUUGGACGGUCUUUUGGUACGCCGCCAUUGAAGUGUCUUUGACUGUUGUCUUCAUGAAGAAUCCAAGCUGGCGCUUUACAGUACAGGAGAGGGAGAAACGUCUCACUAGCGGAGAUGGGGUCAGGACUCCAGGGCGUGCGAAAGGCAUGAGGAGGCCAUCGCGUCGGCUGAAAGAGAUCGCUACCUACAUUACGCCGCUUUUGCUGAUGGAUCUGACCAUGAUCAAGAAGUUUGCCGGUGUACCCCUGGAAUCUAUGCUUCUUUCUGGGAACUACGAUCCGGCUGCUCUGACUGCUAUGCACCGCAGCACCUUCCUCGUCCCGACGCUCCACAACAUGACGGCUUCCUCGCCUCUUCAAACUCAGCGCGCUCUGCCUAUCGGAGCGCCCAGCAGUCGUCGACUCGUACUCGAAUUGCUCACCAGCCUCGUAAUCUACGACGCGCUCUUCUUCCUCUUCCACCUUGCUCUGCACACCAUACCACCGUUCCGCCGUCUACACGCUCCGCACCACCGUCAUGCCGAGAUCAAUCCACAGAUUACGAAUCAGCUGCACGUUGUCGAGCGCCUUGGCUUGGUGCUGCUAGCGAACUUCAGCCUCAAUAUCAUCGGCAGCCACGUGUUGACCCGUACGUUGUUCGUCCCGGUAUUUGUAUGGUUGUUAGUGGAGAUACACAGCGGAAUGGAUUUGCCGUGGGGCUACGAGAAGAUUCUGCCGCAAGGCUGGGGCGCCGGAGCAAGGAGACAUAUGAUGCAUCAUACAAGAGCGGAAGGAGGGCUGGCACCUUACUUUACAUGGUGCGAUAGAGCACUUGCCGUUGUCAGUGAUCCGUUUGGGAAACCGGCAGACGGCUGA